AAAAGACGUCACCCAGACGUCAGAUCUGCAUCCAAUCCGAGGAGCGGGGAUUCCCUGAGACGAGGCAACAAGUGAAUCUCCAAGCUCUUCUGUCAGCGCAAACACACAGAAGUCCUCCUGCUGAAAGCGAGAUGGUGUUAAUUAAACAGGAGAGUGAAGACCUGAGGAUUGUAGAAGUAUUCAGCUUGAAACAUGAAGACACUGAGGAACAAACUGACCUGAUGGAAGAGAACAAGGUGAUUGAAGAACUGAUGGAAGUAGGAAAGAAACAUCAGGACACUUGCCCUCAGUGUGGAAAGAGUUUCUCAUGUGAACAAACUCUUAAUCUUCACAUGAAAUAUCAUAGCCGAAUGGAGCUGUACGAGUGUGAUCAGUGCGAGAAGAUUUUCAAACUAAAAAAAACCCUGAAUGAACACAUGAAAAUCCACACUGGAGCGAUGCCGUACACAUGUGAUCAAUGCGGGAAGAAAUUCAGAUAUAAAGGAAACCUGAAUGAUCACAUGAAAAUCCACACUGGAGCAAUGCCGUACUCAUGUGAUCAGUGCGGGAGGAAAUUCAGACAUAAAGGAAGCCUUAAUACACACAUGAGAAUCCACACUGGAAAGAAACCAUUCACAUGUGAUCAGUGCGGGAAGAAUUACAGACAUAAAGGUAAUUAUAAUGAUCACAUGAAAAUCCACACUGGAGAGAAGCCACACGUAUGUGAUCAGUGCGGGAAGAAAUGUAUACAAAAAGAACACCUUAAAAAACACAUGAGUAUCCACACUGGAGAGAAGCCACACACAUGUGAUCAGUGCGGGAGGAGUUUUGCACUAAAAGGAAACUAUAAGGAACACAUGAAAAUCCACAAUGGAGAGAAACCCUUCACAUGUGAUCAGUGUGGGAAUAAUUUCAGACAUAAAGGAAACCUGAAUACACACAUGAGAAUCCACACUGGAGAGAAACCAUUCACAUGUGAUCAGUGCGGGAAGAAUUACAGACAUAAAGGAGAUUAUAAUUUACAUAUGAAAAUCCACUCUGGAGAGAAACUACACACUUGUGAUCAGUGCGGGAAGAAAUUUAUACAAAAAGAAGACCUCAAAAACCACAUGAGGAUCCACACUGGAGACAAGCCCUUCACAUGUGCACAGUGUGGAAAGGGUUUCAUGAAAAAAGAAUGCCUUAUAAAACACAUGAAAAUACAUUGAAGAGAAGCCUUAAACAUGAUCAGUGCAGUAAGAAUUUCUGACUUGAACUCUUUAUGAGCACAUGAAAAUCCACUCUGGAGAGAAGCCCUUCACAUGUGGACAGUUUGGAAAGGGUUUCAGAAAGUCAAGGGUUUUAAAAGAACAUCUGCAUACUCAUUCUGGAGAAAGACUAUGUAACUGUGACCAGUGCAGUAAAACAUUUUAGGGCAUAUUCCCUGAAGGACCACCUGAAACUGCAUACACAGGAGAGGACUUAACACAUGAUCUUGUUGUUCAAAGAGUUUUAGACAGAUGGGUAUUUUUUGAAAAACAUCUGUAAAGACAGCGCUGUGAAGAAACAUCUGAUCUGAUUGUGGAAGGGCUAUUUUUUAGAGAGAGAGAGAUUCUUAACUGAAAUGCUCCAGAAAGUUCAUACUGUGGGAAAACCUUACAAGUGUUCACACAGUGACGAGAUUAGAACAGCCAGAAUCAGAGGCCGACCAAUAUAUCAUUUUGCUGAUUUUAUCGACCGAUGUGUCGUUUUGCCGAUUUUAUGAACCAAUAUAUAAUUUUGCCGAUUUUUAUUGGCCGAUAUGAGCCCGUCGCAGAUGUAUCAAAGAAUAUGCCACUGAUAUAAAACUUUUUUUACAAGACAUAUAACGCAGAUAAAAUGCAUGUAAAUGGUAUAAUUACUUAGUUUGUCCAGUAGAGCGUGCUCGUUUGCUACUAGAGACCCGGAUGAGACGCUUUAAAGCUCAAGUCUAUGGAAUACCAUUGAAACUUUGAAUGACCAUAUCUCUGUACCGUCGUGGCAAAUCCGCACCAAAUUCGGGGGAUCCCUUCAGCUCAGAGAUCCCUCUCGAAUGCUGAAUCGAGUGUAUGUCUAGAAGUCCUCUUUCGAAUGAGACCACCCUCGUGUCGAUAGCCCUCUGGGUUCGGGAGUUACGGAUGGCUAAAUUCGUGCUCUGGCGCUGACCAAUCUAGUGAUCCCUGGGGGGCUACUGACACGUGGCGUUUGGGAGGGCUCCUUGAGCUGAAGGGAUCCCCCGAAUUUGGUGGAGAUCUGCCAGUGCGUUCAUGAGAUACUGACACCAGUCAACACUUUCACUUAAGAAGAUUUCUUGUUCAGGCAGUAUUCAUGCGUUGUCUUAUUCGACCACAAGUGCCCUGCGAAGUGGACUUCACUUGAAUUUCCACCAUGAUUCCAGUUCCAAGGCAACGUGCAUGUUACAUUUAAAGGGCAUUAAAGUGUGCAAGAUGUGAAUUUACAAUGUAUUUAUUUACAACGGUAUAUUGUCACACUUCACUCUUCUCCAGUAAGUUUCGUCUGUGUGUGAAAAGAGUAGCACAAAUCUGUGAAUGAAUGUUCCGAAGUGAAAUAAACUUCAACUUAAUAAAGUUGAAUGGAAUUGAAUGGAAAUAAAGUCUGUUUGAUUUUGAGACUUAAUCUUGAUAGAGCUGCCUAAUAAAAAUAUUUCUCCCCACACGACCAAGUUUAAGAUUGCUAU